AUGCCAGGUGCCUUCAAGAAUGAUAACAUGGAUUUGGACGAGUCACCGCCAUUUACGAUUGACCUGGGAUUAUAUGUUGACCCGGUAAUUGGAAAUGAAUUGUUCCCCAAACCUAGUUCCACUGUUCUAAAGGCUGAGAAUUCGGUCAGUCCAUUUGAUGAUAGUUCGAGGGUGUCCUCAUAUACCAAUGUCAACUAUGACAAUGUCAUGUUUGCUAACAAUCAAGACCAAUUUAAUGAAGCUGCUAACGAAAACUAUCAUAAAGGAUCAAUUGAUAGUCACUUCCACAAUGAAAUGAUAAACCAUAACACAGCACACCGUGGCAAUAGAAAUCACUCGCUUUCUAACGCAAGCUUAAGUGUAAACAAUCUAUACAACGAGCUUUCUCCUUUGACAACCACAACCUCACUUACCCCCUCUGUGGGCUCAGUGCAUUCUACCCAGCCUUCGUUCUUCUCCGCAAACCAGUACAUCACCAGAAACUCACUAGAGCAACCACCUUCAUCCAUCCACCGCCCAUCUUUCGAUUAUUAUUCCAAGACAAGAGCUUCUAUUGACAGCCAACAUUCUUCCCAACAUCAAAGAAGCACGGGGAGUACAGGUAGAUACACAAGCUUCACCAAUUCUAUUACCAACAUGCUCCCAUUCAUGGGUGAUAGAAGUCAACGAUCACCUCUCUCGGGGCCCCCUUCUCCUCAACAUCAGACAAUAGGAGGGCAGCCACAACAAGCAUCUCAACCUCAAGCACAAUCACAGCCACAACAACAGUCCAGACAUCUUAUUAGAAGCAUUUUUAAGAGCUCCAUAAAUAAUGCCAAUCCUAAUAAUGCAAAUGAAUUCGAGCUGGAGGGGGAUGCAGGUUUGAAUUUAACCAAUCCUGAAACAGCGAGACCUGUACUCAUAUCUGAAGAUAACUAUGGGAAUGGGGAUCAUGACAUUUUAAUGAGUCCAACUAAGGAAGGUUCGGAUUUCGACUUGCCUGAUUCAAAUACUCCAAUAAAGAAGGCAAAAAGAUCAAAGAGGAGUUUAUUCACUAGGUUCAAGGCUCCUGGUAAGGUCGAAGCUGCUGUAGAAGAGGUUGAUAAUUCACAAGCUAGUGAUGAGGCCAACUCGUUCUUGCAAAAGAGCUCCCUUGAGAAUGAGAGCUUAGAUAACAGUUUAGCUGGAAACAUAUCUGUUCACAACUCAUCCGCCAGCUUGACACAAUCGUCUGUUAAUGGACAGAACGGACUAUACUCCACUUCGCUGGCCACUUCACAUGGUAAUAAUGGCCAGCCUGAACCAGACUACGCGGCAUUGUUCGAAAAUGUCGGCAAACGCAAGCAUAUUGUCAGCUCUUCGAGCUACCGGAAACCCAAAAUUAAGGUCAAAACUGAGCCCGAUGUGAACGAGAAACACUCAUUGCUCGGAUUGGGUGGUAAAUCCAAAAUUAAAAAUGACCCUGAUGGAAUGAUUGACAAUGCUUCUUUCAGUGACGCGAAGAGUGAUUCUAUUUCAAGUGGAACCUCGUUGCACGAGAGAUCUAUUAGUCAUGACUCUGGUGAAAAUCUCCUGAAUGGCUCAUCAAGUUCUGCAAUUGCAACUGCAUCGAAGAGGAUUUUAGGUUCCAAGUUGUAUCAAAAGAAGAAGAGUACACAAAUGAAUAUGCCUGCUGCAACUAUGAUUUCAAAAGGAGUGGAAGUUGAGGUGGACUUGGAAUCAUUAGAUUUGCCUCCAGAUACUCAAAUUUUUGCCUCCAAUACGAUUAAUUCAAAGACCAGGACUCGUGGUCGCAAAGAGAAUAAAGAAGCUGACUUGCUGGACCUGUCCAAAAUUUAUCUAUGCAAUUAUUGUUCAAGAAGAUUCAAGAGGCAAGAACAUUUGAAGAGGCAUUUUAGAUCAUUGCACACUUUAGAAAAGCCAUAUGAUUGUCCAAUAUGUCAGAAAAAGUUUAGUAGAUCCGACAAUCUAAACCAGCACUUGAAGACCCAUAAACAAGAGGAAGAAAUGGAGAACAUGGAUUCACGUUCUACAAAAAAAAUCCAAUAG